GAUUGACUUGCUGAGAAUAAUUACGGACUGCGCUGUGACAACCACUCCAUACUGUUCCGCGUUCCUCACUUUUCCUCCUCAAAACCACAGUUCACAUGGCUAACCAUUGGGAUCACGCGCGAAAAUCCAGCCGCCCUUGGUAUCAAUCGACUGACACUUAUUGUCAACGACAAAUGCAAGAUCAGCAACAAGAACAACCACAAACGAUCGCUGAUCCCAAUGAAGAAGUCCAAGGAGUCCCUUGGUACUUUGACAGUGAAUCCGCUUAUCCAGGCCAAGAUCCCCAAUACCAGCAAGUGCAGCAAGGUUUAAAACAGCAACAGCAACACCAGCAUGCUCAACACCAGCAUUACCAGCAUUAUUAUCUUGACCCUGCUCAUGCUGACUAUCACCAAUCGUAUGCUAUUUACUGGCAGCAACAACAACAACAGCGCGAUUACCAACAAUAUCAGCCGGACCUUGAUCAAUACCAUUACUACCACCAUAACCAAACACCUGCUUCUGGCAUUGCUGAGCAUUCUAGCCAUUACGCUGGAGCUCCUUCCGAAUAUUACGGCACGAGCACUACUGCUAUUCCUCUCCCUGUUCAACAAUCUGCGCCUGUUCAAAUGACCACAGGUCAUCUCACAACUGACACUGAACGCCGUGCGCAGCAACAAACGAUGGAAAUGAUAUGCAAAAAUGAAGAGCCUGCUUUUAAUACUCCACCUAUCAACAUUGAGAAAAAGAACGGAAAGAGUAUCGAGACUGCGUCUUUCCAAGGUCUGGAGCUAGAGCAAGAACCGCCUGGUCCUAUUGUCGUUAUCAGCAGUGAUGAUGAGGAUGAUGAAGAAGAAGAAAGCGAUGAUGAUCGAAUCAUAACCGUUAGUAGCAGCGAAGAAGAGGACGACGAAGACGCAGCAAGCAUCAUGAUGGUCAUCGAUGAUGACGAGGAAGAAGAAGAAGUUUACGACACGGAUUUCGAUUUCGACGACUCUAGUAGCAUAGAUAGCUAUGUCACGGCAAGCGAGACACCAUUCACAAACAGCAUUGAUACACAAUGCAUUGCUAUUGUCAAUGAGCUACCACUUGGACGGCACUUCACCAAGUUACAAGAGGAGCAUGGGCUAGCACCAGGUGUCAGUCAACUUGAUGGGGAAAUAGAAGAACAUUCGAUACCCUUUGCGCCAGAAAGUAACUCGCUGUUUAAGAAUGAAGAGAGACGGUUACGUGCUACAAACACAAUUAAAAGGUUCUCGAAUGCCGACAUACACAUCACCAGGGCCAGAAAUAAUUUCAUUUUCAACACUACAGGAACCUUGGGACAAGUCUAUUUCUCUAUCAAAGCUGCCGAUGCCCUGCUACAAGAUCAUAUCCGGCUUUCCGUGUACUAUGUCUUGCUACGAGUAGACGGUCCACAGUUUGCGGAAUGUAUAAAAAAAUUACACCAGGUCAUCGAGCCUCUCGCCCCAGGUUCAAAGUACAUUACACCAAUAGAGGACCUUCAUAUCACCGUAGGUGCUACCCAUGUCCGGAAUGAAGAAGCACGCGAGCGCUUGAUCUCUGUUGUUGAAAGCGCAGCCAAAGAAUUUGAAGCAGCUUUGGAAAAGCGAUUGUUCGUGGGUCGACUGAACGCUUUAAGUAAUUGUAACAGACGCUACCUGGGGCUGGCAUCCAAGGAAAUUAGCCCAUUGCAUAUUGCCCGAUCUGUAUUUCGCGAAAAGCUGCAAGAUGCCGGUAUAGCUAUUAAUCGCGCAACCCAAUUGCAUAUGACCUUAUAUAGCGUGCCUCCAAAAAUCUGGCCACUGCUUCCUAGCGAAUACAAUCUUUCACCAAAGACCUUCAAAAAGGAGUUAAAAAAGCAGGAAAUGGCUCUUGAUGUGGGACCCUUGAGUUUUACUCAAAUUGAAGUUACGAGACGAAAUGUAACUCUAUCGCGUGGUUCUGUACAUCAUCCUGAAUACAUAUACCGAUUCUAAAGCUUAUGCUAUGCCUUCAGCCUUCGUAUCAAGAGAUAUACUCUGUCUCACGCCAACACACACAAACACAUCCCUACCAGUACAACAAGCACCCAUGUAUAUCACAAUCAACAUAAGCCCUUUGUACUUACCAUCGAUUUAUCAACGUGUACUAUGAUCAUCAAUAACAACCUUUGCAAGCAUUUUCCAUUGUACAUGCGAUAUCAUGCUAGCGUAAAAACUUGACUGUAGUUGGUACAGGAAAAUAUAAGCGAAAGUUCUGAAGAGGAGGAAAAGAGAGAAGUGAGUGCGCUGCCGCUUCACAUCCUCACAGCAGCAGAACUUCAGAACUCGCUUUCCCUCGUGUGUAAAAAAAUAAAAGCGAAAAUGAAAAAAAAACACAGAACGUUGAGAGCGUACCAUAGCGUGUCCAGACACGGCGUGGUAUUGCGCAGAAUAAAAUAUACA